CCGAACGUCGCCGGCUGCUCUUCUCUGUUCCCAGGAAACACGAAACAUUUCUUGGGUGUCCGGAGCACUCGUAGAAGAAAAUCUAGGGUUUUUGAGAAGCGGGAGAAGAUCUGCAUCGGAGAAUUUUGAGCAAGAAUCCGAGAGCAAGAUGCUGGUCUCGUUGCCUCGCCUGACGAAUUCUCUCAGAGGUCACUACGACGUCGAUCAGGCUUACCUCCAGCGCAAAACUAUCCUCCAGAAUCUCAAAUCAAGAAGAUCGCGUGAUGAUUCUGAACUUGCGCGGAAGUUGGUUCCUGGAUGGGAUGAAGCUUCAAGUGAUGUGCGCCAAGCAUAUAAACAAUUUCUUGGUGCUAUAGUGGAGUUGAUAAAUGAUGAGGUGGCCUCAGAAGAAUUUCAGGAAGUGGCAAGAGCUGUUUAUGAUCUGUUUAGGGGGCCGGAUGUGGACUAUGAUGUUACUAAGGGGAUUGCCGAGAAAAGGGAAGAGUUGCAUAGGCUUGUUGGUUACUAUGUUCCAGACUCAAGUAUUCAGAAAGUAGCUUCGUCAGCUCAGAGACUUUUUACUUUGCAGUGCACUACUGGCCAUGAGGUUGCACUCAUCCAGGAAAGGGUGGUGGAUGGGGCUGCAGAUAGUUCCAGUGAAUUUGGUGCUAAUAUUCUUUUUCAAUCUCCUUCUCGCUUUGUGGUGGACGUGCCAUUGGAACAUGGUAUAUCCUUGGCCAAUGAUUGUGGUACUACUGCUCCAUUCCCUGUGGAGCAUUAUGAUAGCAUAGUAUCUGGCCAUCAUCAUUCAAGUCCUGAUCCGGGGACAGUGAGUUUGAGAUGGCUGAAAGAUGCAUGUGAUCUUAUAGUGAAGAGGGGUGGCUCCCAGCUUUCUGGAGAUGAACUUGCAAUGGCACUUUGUCGGGUGCUCCUGUCAAACAAAGCAGGCGAUGAGAUAGCUGGUGAUUUGUUGGAUCUUGUUGGUGAUGGCGCAUUUGAAACUGUACAAGAUUUAUUGUUGCAUCGGAAGGAGCUUGUGGAGGUGAUCCAACAUGCGUUGCUCAUACUUAAAUCUGAGAAAUUGUCUUCAAGCAGUCAACUGAAGAUGCCGAGCUAUGGCACACAGGUUACCAUACAAACAGAAUCUGAACGGCAAAUUGAUAAACUUAGACGCAAAGAGGAAAAGCGUCAUAAACGUGGGGCAGAUUAUGGGAGCAUGCAUGAUUUUCCUGCUGAAAGUUUUUCUGCUCUACUUUCAGCCAGCGAGAAAAAACAACCUUUUGAUGAUCUGAUUGGGACAGGCCGGGGCCCAAAUUCUUUCUCAGUUGGUGCUCUUCCUCAGGGAACAAUGAGGAUACAUCAUAAAGGCUAUGAAGAAGUCAGAAUUCCACCCACUCCAACUGCUGCAAUGAAGCCUGAUGAAAAGCUGAUUGAGAUCACAGAACUGGAUGAGUUUGCUCAAGUUGCUUUCCGGGGAUAUAAAUCACUCAACCGCAUUCAGAGCCGUAUUUUUCAAGCAACAUAUCAUACAAAUGAAAAUAUACUAGUUUGUGCACCGACUGGUGCUGGCAAGACAAAUAUUGCUAUGGUUGCUAUUCUUCAUGAGAUCAAGCAACAUUUCAGGGAUGGAAUUUUGCAUAAAAAUGAGUUUAAAAUAGUAUAUGUUGCUCCCAUGAAGGCUUUGGCAGCUGAGGUGACAUCCACAUUCAGUCGCCGCUUAUCUCCCUUGAAUCUGGCAGUAAAAGAACUUACUGGUGACAUGCAACUCUCUAGGAAUGAGCUCGAGGAAACCCAGAUGAUAGUUACAACACCUGAAAAAUGGGAUGUCAUUACUCGCAAAAGCAGUGACAUGUCAAUGUCAAUGCUGGUGAAACUCCUAAUUAUUGAUGAAGUACACUUGUUGAAUGAUGAUAGAGGCUCUGUGAUAGAAGCGCUAGUUGCUCGAACCCUCCGACAAGUUGAAUCAACACAAUCUAUGAUACGCAUUGUGGGCCUAUCUGCUACCCUACCCAAUUAUAUAGAGGUUGCACAAUUUUUGCGCGUUAAUCCUGAAAGUGGAUUGUUCUUUUUUGAUUCAAGUUAUCGUCCAGUUCCCCUAGCUCAACAGUACAUUGGGAUUAGUGAGAGGGACUAUACAAAAAAAAUGGAACUGUUCAACUCAAUAUGCUAUGAGAAGGUAGCAGAUUCAUUAAAGCAAGGAUAUCAAGCAAUGGUUUUUGUUCAUUCUCGCAAGGACACAGGGAAAACUGCAAGAACACUGAUUGACAUUGCCCAGAAAGCAGGCGAACUGGAUUUUUUUAUGAAUGAUAAACAUCCUCAAUUUUCUUUGAUUAAGAGAGAAGUUAGUAAGUCCAAAAGUCGGGAAGUUAUUGGGUUAUUUGAAUUUGGGUUUGGUAUUCAUCAUGCUGGGAUGCUUCGAGCUGAUAGAGGCUUGACUGAGCGCCUUUUCUCUGACGGUCUACUGAAAGUUCUUGUAUGUACUGCAACUUUGGCCUGGGGAGUAAACUUACCUGCUCAUACAGUCAUCAUCAAGGGUACACAACUAUAUGAUCCCAAGGCUGGUGGGUGGCGGGACUUGGGUAUGCUUGAUGUUAUGCAGAUCUUUGGUCGUGCUGGAAGGCCACAGUUUGACAAAAGUGGCGAAGGCAUUAUUAUGACAACUCAUGACAAAUUGGCUUAUUAUUUGAGACUGUUGACAAGUCAACUCCCUAUAGAAAGCCAGUUCAUUAACUCAUUGAAAGAUAAUUUGAAUGCCGAGGUGGCCUUGGGCACAGUAACAAAUGUCAAGGAAGCAUGUGCAUGGCUUGGAUAUACAUAUUUAUUUAUAAGGAUGAAGACAAAUCCUUUGGUGUAUGGAGUAACAUGGGAUGAGGUUAUUGGAGAUCCUUCCUUGACUACCAAACAACGAUCUCUUAUAACUGAUGCUGCACGAGCCCUUGACAAGGCAAAAAUGAUGCGAUUUGAUGAAAAAAGUGGCAAUUUUUACUGCACAGAGCUUGGUCGCAUAGCCAGCCACUUUUACCUUCAAUAUUCUAGUGUUGAAACUUAUAAUUUAAUGCUUAGGCGCCACAUGAAUGAUAGUGAAGUAAUCAACAUGGUGGCCCAUUCUUCUGAGUUCGAAAAUAUUGCUGUUAGAGAGGAGGAACAGGAUGAGCUGGAAAAACUGUCUAAAUUUGCAUGCCCAUUAGAAGUAAAGGGUGGAACCACUGAUAAGCAUGGGAAAAUUUCAAUCCUUAUUCAGGUGCGCAUAUCACGUGGUUCAAUAGAGAGCUUCUCUUUAAUUUCUGAUGCAGCAUAUAUUUGUGCAAGCUUGGGUCGUAUUAUGCGUGCUUUGUUUGAAAUUUGCUUGCGUAGAGGGUGGUGCGAAAUGACAUGUUUCAUGUUGGAAUAUUGCAAAGCUGUGGAUCGCCAAAUUUGGCCUCAUCAGCAUCCACUUAGGCAGUUUGACAGGGACCUUUCACUGGAGAUCCUAAGAAAACUUGAAGAAAGAGGGGCUGAUUUGGAUCGUCUCUUCGAGAUGGAGGAGAAAGAUAUUGGUGCUCUGAUUCGUUAUGCUCCCGGGGGGAAGUUGGUCAAGCAAUACUUAGGGUAUUUCCCGAACAUCAUUUUGUCUGCCACUAUAAGUCCUAUUACCAGAACCGUUCUUAAGGUAGAUCUUCUUAUAACUCCUGACUUUGUUUGGAAGGAGCGCUUCCAUGGUACUGCUCAAUGUUGGUUGAUUCUUGUUGAGGAUUCUGAAAAUGACCACAUUUACCAUUCAGAUUUCUUCACAUUGACCAAGAGGAUGGCAAGGGGAGACUCUCAGAAGAUUUCUUUUACUGUACCAAUAUUUGAACCACAUCCACCACAGUACUUUAUUCGAGCUGUUUCUGAUUCUUGGUUACAUGCAGAGUCACUGUACACUGUGUCUUUCCAUAACCUCACAUUGCCAGAGACACAAAUAUCACACACUGAACUUCUUGAUUUGAAACCUCUUCCUGUGAGUGCUCUUGGCAAUGAGGCUUAUGAGAACCUAUACAAAUUUUCACACUUCAAUCCAAUCCAAACAGAGGCUUUUCAUGUCCUGUAUCACUCAAAUGACAAUGUUCUCUUGGGAGCCCCGACUGGAAGUGGAAAAACUAUAUCAGCCGAGCUAGCGAUGUUACAUCUAUUCAACACAGAACCUGAUAUGAAGGUAGUUUACAUUGCCCCUCUUAAAGCUAUUGUUCGGGAGAGAAUGAACGACUGGAGAAAGCGGCUUGUUUCUCAGCUUGGAAAGAAGAUGGUUGAGAUGACUGGGGAUUUUACUCCAGAUCUUAUGGCACUAUUCUCAGCUGAUAUCAUAAUUUCUACUCCUGAAAAAUGGGAUGGUAUCAGUCGCAGUUGGCAUAGUCGAAGCUAUGUGAUGAAGGUUGGACUUAUGAUACUGGAUGAGAUACAUUUGUUAGGAGCUGAUCGUGGACCCAUUCUUGAGGUUAUUGUCUCUAGAAUGAGAUACAUAUCGUCACAGACAGAGCGCUCGAUACGUUUUGUAGGUCUAUCGACAGCAUUAGCGAAUGCCCGUGAUUUGGCUGACUGGUUGGGUAUUGGAGAAAAUGGUCUAUUUAAUUUUAAGCCUAGUGUGAGGCCUGUACCUCUUGAAGUUCACAUUCAGGGAUAUCCGGGGAAGUUUUACUGUCCAAGAAUGAAUAGUAUGAACAAACCUGCAUAUGCUGCCAUAUGUACUCAUUCGCCUGCAAAACCAGUUCUUAUUUUUGUUUCAUCUCGCCGUCAGACAAGACUUACUGCACUAGAUCUCAUUCAGCUUGCUGCAUCAGAUGAAAAUCCCAGACAGUUCCUUAAUAUGUCAGAGGCAACACUGGAAAUGGUUCUUUCACAAGUCACUGACAACAACUUGAGACAUACUCUGCAAUUUGGAAUUGGACUGCACCAUGCAGGAUUGAAAGAUAGAGACAGAUCCUUGGUUGAGGAACUCUUUUCAAAUAACAAGAUCCAGAUAUUGGUGUCUACCAGCACCCUGGCUUGGGGUGUAAACCUUCCAGCUUUUCUAGUUAUCAUUAAGGGUACUGAAUAUUAUGAUGGAAAAGCAAAGAGAUAUGUUGAUUUCCCUAUUACAGAUAUUUUGCAAAUGAUGGGUCGUGCUGGUCGACCUCAAUAUGAUCAACAUGGGAAGGCUGUUAUUCUUGUUCAUGAACCAAAAAAGAGCUUCUACAAGAAGUUCCUUUAUGAACCAUUCCCUGUUGAAAGUAAUCUGAGGGAACAUUUGCAUGAUCACAUCAAUGCAGAAAUUGUUUCUGGUACAAUCUGUCACAAGGAGGAUGCAGUGCAUUAUCUUACUUGGACAUAUCUGUUUCGUCGAUUGGUUGUAAAUCCGGCUUAUUAUGGAUUAGAGGAUACUGAAGCCAGUGCUUUAAAUUCUUACCUCUCAAGGUUAGUGCAAAGUACUUUUGAAGAUCUUGAGGACAGUGGAUGCAUAAAAUUCAAUGAAAAUUUUGUGGAACCUUUGAUGUUGGGUUCAGUAGCAUCUCAGUAUUAUCUGAGUUACAUGACAGUAUCUAUGUUUGGGUCAAACAUAGGCCCAAAUACUUCACUAGAAGUUUUCUUGCACAUUCUUUCUGCUGUUGCUGAAUUUGAUGAACUUCCUGUACGUCAUAAUGAGGAAAAUAUCAAUAGAACAUUAUCUGAAAAGGUCCCAUAUCUCGUUGAUCAACACCAUCUUGAUGACCCGCAUGUGAAAGCAAAUUUGCUCUUUCAGGCACACUUCUCCCGCAUUGAAUUGCCGAUUAGUGACUAUGUCACGGAUUUAAAAUCUGUUCUUGAUCAAAGUAUACGUAUCAUCCAGGCUAUGAUUGACAUAUCUGCAAAUAGUGGAUGGCUUUCAAGCACAAUGACUUGUAUGCAUCUUUUACAAAUGGUCAUGCAGGGUUUGUGGUUUGAAAGAGAUUCAUCCCUGUGGAUGUUGCCUUGCAUGAACAAUGAUCUUUUCAGUCAUAUCAAGAAAGCUGGUAUCUCAACUCUGCAGGACCUACUGUAUCUUCCCGAUGCAAAUUUGCAGAGGUUGCUCCGACAGUUUCCUUCUCCAGAGUUAUACCAGGAUCUUCAGCAGUUUCCACGUGUUCAAGCAAAAUUGAAGCUUCAAGAGGAAGAUGGCCAAAAGUCUCCAAUUCUUAACAUUAGAUUGGAAAAAAUUAAUUCCAAGUGCUCGACAUCAAGAGCAUUCGCCCCUAGAUUCCCAAAGGUAAAAGAUGAAGCUUGGUGGCUAGUUUUGGGAAAUGUCACCACCUCAGAGCUAUAUGCUCUGAAAAGAGUUAGUUUCUCUGACAGAUUGUUCACUCGCAUGGAGCUACCACCAACAGUGAUCAAUCUCCAGGAGACGAAGCUAAUUUUAGCAUCAGAUUGUUAUCUUGGACUCGAGCAGGAGCACUCCAUAGGAGAAUCUAAGAAUCAAUUUUCAUAAAGACUAGGAUUGGUGGUGUUGGUCCAUCAGAAAUGAAGGCAAGCUACUUAGUUGUGCGGCAUAUCAAUGACGUAGUUUGGAAGUGAGAUAUGAAGUAUAAGAUUCUGAUUACUGGCUGCGGUUUCUAUUUUCAUUGAGAAAGCAACAGCCAAUCAACCAUAUGAUUAUUUCAAGGCGAAUUCUUAGCCUCUCUGAGGUUUGGUCCGUGAAAGAAAGUGAUCCUCUGCAGCUCUGCGUGCAGAUCUGAAGUUAGUGGUCAAAUGUAUAGCCCAACACUUUCUGGUGGCUUGACAUGGUUUAAACAUGCCCAACGGCUGUUUCUGAGGUGCACACUUUCCUCCUCUAAGAUGAGCUCAGCUGGUCUGUGUUUGGCUAAUUGCAUGGAUUAUCUUUGUAGGCCACGAAAUAUGAUUGGAGCGGCUCAUUCCUAGUUAAUUUUGCAGUCACACACAGUCCAAGAGUGAUGAUAUGCAUGUCUCUGAAGCUUAAAGCAGUCAAAACCAGAAUGCAAUUUAAAUUUUCGGAAGGGCAAAAUUGAUUGCUCGCCUUCAAAAUACUUUCCUCACUCAUGCAUAUAAUCUUGACCUAGUUUUUAAUUAUUUGGAGUUACUCCAUUUUCAGUUCUUUAUCAUCAAAUUAAAUUCUCGAGUAUGUGAAUUUUUCUAAAGUUUCAUGAGACUAUUAAAUCAUAUUGUCUCAAUAUGGGGCAAAUUGAAUC